AAAAGCCACGUGGUGUUUGUCCCUUUGUUUAUUUGGAAGUUUGGGGUUUAUUUAUUUCUGUCUUGGCUUUUAUUAUCUUCGUUAAGUUUCUCACCGAAAAGGAAGUAUUUAAAUGAGUGCAGCAAAACACAUUCCACUCUAAACAAUCUGUGUUAUUCUCUGUCAUCGCAGAACGUCACUAAUCACAUCGGAUUCCAUUGUUUUACAUGUCUUGACUGAAGCAGAAUGCUGACUCCACGAUUUGAACUUAGUCAAGAUGAUGAUUUCCUCCACAUUAUAAUUGAUGCUGUACUUGCUAAGAUUUCUGACACAGAAAUUUUUAUUGAUGAUGAUGAGUUCAUUUUUUAUUCCACACCCUAUUAUUUACGACUCCAUCUCCCAGGAAAACUUGUUGAAGAUGGCCGUGAGACAUGCACUUAUAACGAUGGAAAGUUUUCACUCCAAAUUCCAAAGAAAGUUGCCGGUGAAAUGUUCGAGGGUCUUGAAAUGCUUACAAAACUACUAACACCAAAAGGAAAAUAUUCAGCUAAGUCUCCAUUAAUUGAAGUUCUAAACAAUGAAACCAGCGCAUCAAGUACAAAAGAACACAAAAUCGGUGAAGAUGCAAACGAAGAGGAAGAAUUUGAUUGGUACUUUGAACAAGAGCCACCCUCUGCUGUUAAGGAUACAGUUCUGCAGCAGUAUUGUUACGGAUUUGCUAAUAAAAGAUCUGGAGUGUUUCAAAACUUAGCUGAAGAAUUUUCUGAGACUUGUGACAUAAGACAUCCCGAUGAAAUGUCCCCUCAAGAAAGAACAGAAAAGAGAUGUAAACUCGAAGCAGAACAAUUUGAUCCUGAUUAUUAUAUUGCAGAUUUCAUUGACGAAGAAAAUAUAAUUAAAAAGCUCUGUUCUUAUGUUUGUCCCUGGAGUUGUGAGAAAGAUGGAAACUUAGUUCCCUUUCCAAAGAGUUCAGAUCUGACUGAGCAGGAAAAAUAUAUUUUGACUCAGCUGCCCAAGAAACAAUAUCUUUUAGAUAAUCCAAAAGAUGUCAUGUCUGUUUACUUAGGUCUUGUAGACAUUCUUUUUGCAUAUUCAUACGAUGUUCGCACAACAGAAGGAGAGAAAACUGUAGAAUCUGGUUGGACUGUAGCAAAGUUGAGUUCUACAUUAAGUUGUUUUGAAACAUACAUCAGUUUAAAAGACGUUAUAAUUGCCUCUUUCCGACGCAGUUUGUCUUAUCCACUCUAUCGAAACUGGCAAUUAUCCAUGGCUGUUCUUUCUGAUGUUCAAUUCCUUUUUAAUUCUGGCCGACUACAUAUUCUAAAAUGUUUGCUGGAAGUGAAAGAACUAAUGCAGGAAUAUAAUUUGAACCACAUUCUUAACGAUCUCUACAUUACAGACUAUUGUGUCUGGAUACAGACAGCAUGUGCUAAACAACUUCAAUCUCUGGCAACCGAAUUAUCAAAGGUGACCAUCACUAAAGAAGAUUGUAACCUCGAACUUGAAGACUGGGAAAACAUAGCAAUUGGAGAGAUGGAUAAUUUAGAAGUGGAUACUGUAACAGAAAACUUGUGCAGCCUAAAAGUGAGGGACAGUGAUGACAGCAGCACAGAGAAUGAAUCCGUUACUGAUUCCAGCAGCGAGAGCAGCAGUGGACAUUCCACUGGAUCAGACUCAGAAGACUCAAAUUAAAAAAUAACAAAACCUGAUUUAUUUAAAGCUAAAAGAUUUUUACAGAAGCAGCAGCAGCUAUAGUGAAUAUGCCAAGAAUUAAAAAUACAAAGAGUGUGAAAAUUUUUUUUUUUUGGAGAGAGAGAGAGAGGAAACCUUCAUUCUUUUAUCACUUCUAAGACCUCAUUCAGUAUUUUUAUAGACUCAGUUCCUUCAAGAGCUUCAUUGAUAAGUGCUGUACUGAUCUAUUAAAAGAAAGAAAGACAAAAAAAAAAGAAAGAAAAAUAGUUAAAUGGAAGACAUUAUUACAGCAGAAAGCAGUAAUUUCCAUGGGUUAGUUUACUUACUCGUUCCCUGAUUUUCUCAAUUUUAGUUUGAGACCGAACAACAACUGGGCUUCCUGCUAAUGACAUGAACCUUUCACCUUGUCUGGGACUGCGAUCAAAUGGAGUGAUAGGUAACCUUAGAACAGAUAAAAAAAUAAAAAAUAAUACUAAUAAUAAUAAUAUUAGUAUUCAAAAUGACUUUCUACAGCCAUUUUUCAUUUAACUUACUUUCACUUUAGAUGAAUUUAAGAAAGUAGGAUCACUCACCUGGUAUCAAACUUUGGUGUAAUUGCAGGGGUCAUUAAAAACUGUGAAGAUGACCAGUUCGUCAAGGGGGUUUGUUGCCUACAGAAUACAUAAAAAUCAUCAGUAAAAUAGUUAUCAUGAUGAAAAUUAAUUCAUCGGCAUCGUUUAGUGCAAGCUGCAGAGGGCUCCAGUCUGUUUUGAUUCUACAGCUGGAUGCCCUUCCUAAUGCCAACCACCCUGAGAGAGUACUGGUCAUGACUAUGAUUUCACUAAGCUUCACAUGUCUUCUCAAGCAUAGUAAAUCACCAAAAGCCUUUGUCAUCACCACCUUAUCCCAUGUCUUCCUAGCUCUACCUUUUCCACAAGUUCCCUCUACACUUAGAGAUCGGCACUUUUGUUUAUGCAGUUGUGCUUGUCCGUAUGCAUCACAUGACCCUACCAAUGCAGUCCUCUCAUUUGCAUCCUACAUCUGAGGCCUCUUAUACCCAGUUUUUCUCUCAAGGUGCUUAAACUUUAUUCUACGUGCACACUGACAUUGCCCACCCAGCAGAAGAGCAUACUAGCUUCAUUUCUUUCAAGCCUUUGCAUGUCCCCAGCAAUCACACAAUCUGCUUUUUACUCUGAGGGAUAGAAGCUCUCUGAACUUCGCCCCCAGACAAUUCUUAUUCUAGCAGCCAUGUUCACUGAGCCUCUAGAGUAAUGAAAAGUAACAUUCUCAGUUUUACCACCAACACUAUGGACAAUAAGCUGAGAAGUAGCUUUUCUUAUAAAGACGAGAGGCGAUUGUUGUAAGCAUUUAAUGUUACACAAUCUGAGAAAUUUUUGCUGAAGAGAACUUUUGAUUCCAGAUAGAUAGAAAAAGUCUGGAAUUGAAUGCUGAUAUAAAUACAAGUCAGGUGUGAAAGCAAUAGUCUAAUAGCAUUUUUGUAGCAAUAAGAAACUCAAAAGAUUUAUUAGAGGAAAGGAAACUUACUUUGCAUUUGAAACAGUUCGUUUGCUAGAUCUCUGUUAAUAAAAACAAAAACAAUUUUCAUCAAAACCUUUACACACACUACUGAAAAAUGAAUGCAAUGAGAUUUAAAAUGACUGUUGCAUAACAUUCCUUGAUGCAAAGUUUCAAAAGUGUCAAAUAUUUAGAUGACCUCCAUUGAAAAAACUGAUGAGCAUUUUCUGUUUGUAAGAUGAUACAAAUAGAGGUCAUAACUUUUACAUAUUA